UCAAGAAGCACAUGAAAUACUGGCGUGUCUCACGCAAAGGUUUUGAUGCUCUGUGAUGAGUAUUGAAGCAAUCGUGUGUGAGAUGUGGUUGUUGAAUAUCAUAUUUCAAUUUUUCUACUGACUUGCUCUGCUCCGCCGACGCCUUUGCUGCCGUACUCCAAAAGAAAAAAAUGCAAUAGCGAUAUGUCGAAGUACGCCCGUCUUCUUCGCCGCGCGCUCGACACCGAGUGCGUUGCCGUGCCCGGCGCUUUCUGCGGGUUGGCCGGUCGGAUUGCGGCCGAGAAGGGGUUAUGCAGUGCAAAAGUAUCGCACUCGUACAAAUGCAUUGCAAAUUUUCUCAGCAUGAGAAAUAAGAUUUGCAAUGCGGAUCUUCCUUAACUAAAGAUUUGUAAUGCAUGACUGCAGGACGAGUGCGAUACUUUUGCUUUUGCACAGGAUAGGGGUUCAAGGCCGCCUACGUGUCCGGAGCCGCGCUGACCGCGAGCGCGGGGGUGCCCGACAUUGGCGUUCUGACGCUGGACAUGCAUUGCAAAUAUGUCUGGGUCUGGAAAAAUGCCAGGUUUGUCAUGCUCUGCUAGCAUGACUGUCAAGUCUGUCAUGCAAGGUACCCAAAAGCGCCACUUUUGUGUCAUGCAAAAACCCAGUUUCUCAUGCAGAAUAGGCAACACCUAGCGACUCAAAAACCUGUCAUGCUGAGCCGUCAUUUCUGGCGUUCUCUUGAUUCGCCAACCAGCAUCACAAGUUUCCAGACCCAGACGUUUUUCCAUUUGAUACUGGAUCAUUUUACCGCCAGAAUAAAGGAGAUCACGCUCGCGAGCGGGCUCCCGCUGAUUUGCGAUGCGGACACCGGGUUCGGGGAAGCCGAGAUGGUGACGCGGACGUAUCCACAGAAAGAAACCCAUCCACAUCCAUUUUUUGCAUGACAAACACAGGAGAUUAUGCAUGUUUUGCAUGACAAAUUGGAUGGGGAUGGGUGUUUUAGUUUUUACCUGGAUAGGACGACGGUGGAAUACAUUCACGCCGGCGCGGCCUGCUUGCACAUCGAGGACCAGGUGUUCCCGAAGAGGUGCGGGCACCUGAAGGGGAAAUCCCUCAUCCCCUGCACGGAAAUGGUGGAAAAGGUGGAGCGCGCCGUCGCAGCCUCGAAAAAGCACUCGGACGGCGAGUUCUUGAUUUGCGCCAGGACCGACGCAAGAGGGGUGGUUGGAAUGGAGGACGCAGUAGCCAGGGCGACAGCGUACUGUGAUUAUUUGAUGACGAAGAAUUUUUGUUUUCGUAACAUAUCUGACUUGUUUUGCAGAAGCAAAAACAUGACUUUUGUAGAGUGUGAACAACCGACGUGUCAAGUUAUAAAGCGAAAAUGUAUCUCCCAAACGAACCGCAGCUACGUCGCCGCUGGAGCCGAGAUGAUUUUUCCCGAGGGUCUCCAGACCCGCGAGGAAUUUCAAGAGUUUUCCACAAAGAUGAAGAACCUUCCAAAACCGCCCUACCUCCUCGCGAACAUGACGGAGUUCGGCCAAACACCGUACGUGUCCGUGGCUGACUUUGAGAAAAUGGGCUACCACUGCGUCAUCUUUCCCGUUUCCACCCUUCGGUGCGCCAUGCAGGGCGUCCAGCAGUGCCUCGAGGUGCUGCAAGACCGGGAGGCAACUUUGGAACAGCACACGGCGAAAAUGUUUUCGAGGCAAGAGCUGUACGACAGUUUGGGUUACAUACCGGGAGUGGAGUGGAGCUACCCAGACACGACGUUGGAACGUCAGGGAAAGUGAGUGCUUUUGUCACUUCUAUUCCGGGCGGGUAGAGAGAACUCCCGCUUCGACCACUGAAGUUCUUGCUCUAGGUCUAGACAGAGGAUGAUGUUUCGUGUAUGCAAAAAAGAUCGAACAAGAUAUAAAUGCACCUAUUGCUAAAUACUAUUCAUUUUUUCAAAAAUGCAUAUGUCUAUCGAACACGUACGCUUUGCCUUCGCAAUUGUAUACGGACGCGCCCGC